CACUCAGUUAAUCUUUCAGGUCUUUCAAUUUUGACAAAAACAAAAGAAAGCUUGUGAAACAAUGGCGGAGAUGAAUGUAGGCAGCGAAGUUCCCGUCAACAAUACAAUUUACAUCAACAAUAUCAACGAAAAAAUCAAACUUGACGAGUUGAAGAAAUCACUGCACGCUAUAUUCAGUCAAUUUGGGAAUAUACUGGAGAUUCUAGCUUUCAAAACCCUAAAACAUAAGGGCCAAGCUUGGGUUGUUUUCGAAGAUGCUUCGUCGGCUUCUCGAGCCAUUCAGAAGAUGCAGAAUUUCCCCUUCCACGAUAAGCCGAUGAGGAUACAAUAUGCAAGGACGAAAUCUGAUAUUAUUGCUAAGAAGGAUGGAACUUUUGUGCCACGUGAAAAAAAGAAGAGGCACGAGGAGAAAGGAAAGAAGCGGAAAGAACAUGAUGCAAAUCAAGCUGCAAUGGGAUUGAAUCCUGCUUACAAUGGUGCUUAUGGUGCAGCUCCUCAGUUGUCACAGAUACCAUACAUGGCUAAGUCUGCUGUUCCUGAGGCUCCUGCUCCACCAAAUAGCAUUUUGUUUAUCGAGAAUCUUCCCCAUCAGACAACUCCAAUGAUGCUUCAAAUGCUUUUCUGCCAGUAUCCUGGGUUUAAGGAAGUCAGAAUGGUGGAAGUCAGACCAGGGAUAGCAUUUGUUGAGUAUGAAAAUGAGGCUCAGUCAACUCAAGCUAUGAUUGGACUCCAAGGAUUCAAGAUAGUGCCCGAGAACCCAAUGUCGAUCACCUACGCCAAGAAAUAGAAGGGUGUUUAUUUAGCUGUGGUUUUAUUAAUUGUAGUAAUCUUGGGAGUUCCCGGGGAAGGGAAGUGUUUACUUGAGCUAUGGGGCAUUUAAAUGGUCUUUUAUCAAUCCAAGUAGAUGAUGUAAUGGUUUGUGACUUUCUUUAAUAUUGUUAGUUCUGCAGAAUUACUGUAAUUAUAGCACUGGAUUUAGCUGAGUUGAUAUUUUAGUUCAUAAACUGGCA